GGCCUAUCCAUUCUUCUAUUAUCUAUGGUUGAACGGCAACGCGGCAUCGCAGUUUAAACUUUUACAGUAAAUUCUUUAAUAGUUUUGUGCUUACUGCUUAACUAACUUUAGUUAGAAACCUAUAAUUUAUUUUGUAUAGCGAAUUUCGAAAAGAUCUGUGACAAAUUGACAGUUAAUACUGUACAUUACAAUCGGCUUUUAAAUUUCUACGCGACGUGAAAAUUAUAUUACUGUAGUUUAUAGUUCGGUACUGUGCUGUGUUCCAACGUUUAGUAGUAGUGUAGGUGUCCACUUUAUAACCAUGGCCAUAGACAAAAAUACUAUGCGGUCUAAUUUUAAUGAGCAAAUACAAUUAAUUUUAAUGAAUAAACGGGAAGAUAAUAACGCAUUUUUGUCAACCAGUGAUUACAGUAGAGUUAUUCAACAGGUGAAAAAAUCAAAAAAAUCUUUAAACACUGUUGGCGAAAAGAAAACAACAAAAGACUAUCGUGUAAUACGUAAGUAUGAUAUUUUAGUAAUGAACGGCAAAGAACACUUGAUUAGACCUAUCGAUGAAAAAAAUGUGGUAUUGUACUAUGCAACAAUUGAUGAAUUAUUUGAUAUUCUUUACGAUACACAUUCUGCAAUAGGUCAUGGUGGACGAAAUCGUAUGGUGUCUGAACUUAAAAAUAAUUAUUGCAAUAUAACUAAUGAAACAAUUAUGGUAUUUUUAAAAUUAUGUGCUGAAUGUCAUAAAAAAACUGUGUGUUCAAAAGUAGGAUUAGCACCUAAACCAUUUUUACAGCCUACUUUCAACUCUCGGGCUCAAGUUGAUCUAAUAGAUAUGCAGUCUCAACGUCAUAAUGAUUAUAGAUUCAUAAUGAACUAUCAAGAACAUUUGACUAAAUACAUAGUGUUGAAACCGCUGAAAUCAAAAUGUGCUGAAGAAAUCGCUUAUAAUUUAAUUGAUAUCUAUACAUUAUUUGGGGCACCUACAAUAUUACAAUCAUGCAGUGGAAAAAAAUUUGUAACUUCAAUAAUUAAUAAACUUAAUGUCAUAUGGGACGAAAUAAAAAUUGAUUAUGGAUGGCCUAAGCACAGUGAAAGCCAAGAAUCCGUUGAACGAACUAAUAGGGAUGUGCAAGAAAUGUUAUCUGCUUGGAUGACCAAAAAAGAUAGUUUGGAUUGGCCAUCAGCGUUAAAAUUCAUUCAGUUUAAAAAAAAUCGGACUUUUCACUCAGGCAUAGGCACAUCUCCCUAUGAAGCAAUGUUCGGAUGCACUGCUAGAAUAGGUUAUGAGUCUAAUCUUCCUAAUACUGAAAUAACCAAAAUAAAAACAAAAGAAGAUUUAUAAUGUAUUACUCUUAUGUUCUAACAAUGAAGAAGAUGACAACGAAGAAAAAUACUUAUCAAAGCUGUUGAAACACUUAUGGACUGGAUGAAAUGCUUAAAUUAUCUAAUGGGAAAGAGGUAACUUCAAGAAAAGAAGCAGUUGUAUGAAGGGUUUUCUAGGGAAACCAGUGCAGUCAUAGUAAGGUGGGUAGUGCAAGAAACAUUCUGCCUGCCACAAGGCACUAAAGAUGCAUUAUGUAAAACAUAAAUAAUGUAUAGUUGUACACAAAUAAAAUGGUAUAUAAAAUAUUUUA